AUAUAAUCUAUAGGAUCUAAAUAAUUUUAGUUUUAAAAUACUUUGGACAAAACAUAAUUUACAAAAUAUUCUUUGAAAAACCGAAAACAGAGAAGCGAAGGUACAAAAAGGAUGGAGAGAGUGAUGAAGAUCAUAAAACCAAAGCCUGAUCCGAAGCAACUCUUGCGUGAUUGGCAACGUAAGCUCCGUCAGGAGUGCCGUAACAUCGAACGCCAAAUCCGAGAUAUACAGAAGGAAGAGAGAAAUGUUCAGAAAGCUAUUAAAGAGGCUGCAAAGCGGAAUGAUAUGGUCUCAGCCAAGGCGCUUGCUAAGGAGAUUGUGAGUUCGAGAAGAACGGUUAACCGGUUAUAUGAAAACAAGGCCCAGAUGAAUUCCAUAUCAAUGCACCUUGGGGAGAGUGUUGCUGUUGCUAGAACAGUUGGGCAUCUGUCCAAGAGUGCGGAGGUUAUGAAGCUAGUCAAUAACCUCAUGAAAGCACCACAAAUGGCUGCAACUAUGCAGGAGUUUAGCAAAGAGAUGACUAAGGCCGGAGUUAUUGAGGAGUUUGUGAAUGAUGCCAUUGACAAUGCACUGGAUUCAGAGGAUAUGGAAGAAGAGAUCGACGAAGAGGUUGAUCAAGUAUUGACAGCUAUUGCUGGAGAAACCGCUGCGGAGCUUCCAGAAGCUGUCAGGAAGGAAAGGAUAAAGGUGCCUGCGCAGAAGGCGAGCACUUCCCGCGAGGAAGAGGCAGUUGCAGAAGGUGAUGAUGAUGAGGAAGAACUAGAGGAAAUUCGAGCUCGGCUCGCUAAAGUUAGAUCCUAACUGAUGAUUCAAUUGACUCUUUACACUAUUUUUUAUUGAUCCGAUCAACUCUUAAUGUUGGUGACAACACAAGGAGAUAACUGUGUAUUGUAUAAUAUAAUUGAACUACCGUAUACAAUGUAAUCAUAAGCUGUCUUUUGUUAACUAAGUUUUGUUUCUUUUCAUAGUA